UGUAUAACAAUUUUGCUGUGAAUGUUUAGAAACGUGUGUAAAUCUGAAGAAUGCCUAUAAGUAGUGGUUUCUUUGGUUAGAACGUCACAUUUUAGCUGUUGGAUUACAACAAUGAACGUUCUAGCAAUACUGGUCGGACUCGUGUGCUGUUCCGGAUGUUUUGGGGCAACAUUUUACCGUUGUUUCUGGAUCAACUCCCCGACUGUUAUUUGUGACAACUUCUCCCCAGACCCAACAUGUGGAACAAAUCUAGUUACAUACAAGAACAAAUGUGAAUUCAGUAGAGCACAUUGUGCCGACAAAUCUAUUGAUCUUAAACAUAACGGAGCCUGUACCGCCGCCGACGGCACAACACCGGCACCCGUCAAUGCCGCCGGUUCUGACGUUGUCUUCGACUUCCUGUGUACAAGUUUAAGCCAUAUGGAUUGUCCUGCCGAUGACGAUAAAGUCUGUGCCGAUGACGGAUACACUUACCGAAACUAUUGCGAGUUUGAGAAACAGAAGUGUACUCACCGAGACCUUCAACUUGUUGCCUGUACCGUCUGAUAGUCUCACGUGACCUAACCACGUGAUGUCUUUGUUGUUUCAAUUCUGUUUUUAUUUUGCACUGCUUUUCAUAUAUGAAAAUUUCUAAUAAAUUAAAAAA